CUAGUGCGCAGGCGCAGUUGGUUUACCAUAGAAACAGGAGGAGUCAUCAGUUGCUGACAUGAGAACCUGAAGAUCUUGUCUUUAGGGAGGAACAACAUCAGACUGCUCACCGAGCUGGAGGCCGUAGGUGACACGCUGGAACAGCUGUGGGUCUCAUAACCAGUUGGAGAAGCUGAAUGGAAUCCGGUGGCUGAAGAGCCUGAGAGUCCUGUACAUGUCCAACAACCUGGUGAAAGACUGGAGAUCUAUCUUCUGAUUGGUUACGACGAACAUCAAUCUGCGGCUUAUUCCCUUCCUUGGUAACGGCCUCGGACCCGGAAGUAAACACGUUAGCCGCGAAAUGCCAACAGACUGACAGCAGAGAGAACAUCUGUCCAGCUGCUGCGAUGAAGAGGAGCGCAGACGUGCACGUGAAGCAGGUGAAGCACGUGAUCGCGGCUCUGUGCAGGCUGCUGGCGGCCGCGGGGCUGGACCCCGUGCCCCCCCCGGACUCCUUCCGACGGGCCAAGUUUGGAGACGCGGUCCAGGAAGAUCCUUUUUGGCAGCUGCUCGCCGACAUCCUUCAGACCACCAGCGUCGUUUCCUGUGACAGCUCUGAGCCGACAGCAGAGCGCAGGAAGCUCGUGGCCGCCGGCUUGUGGCAGAGCGGCUUUCACGCUGACUGGAUGUAUGAGGGAGAAGGAGGAGGCGCAGUCUCCAGCCGGGAACUCCUCCUGGCGCUCGGCUGGCUGCUCGCCACCGGAGCGCUGGAGAGCGUGGUGAUGAAGAGAGUGCAAAAGCUGGACAGGAUGCUGCUCACGUGCACACCUGUGCUGCCACACCUUCCUGCUGACCUCCAUGUAGACUCCGCCUCCCUGAGGAGACUCCAGUGGCUCAUUGGCUGCCUGAGACAUCAGAGACGGAUGCUGCUGUCGAUGCUACGAGAGCAAACCCGAGCUCUGCACGCGGUUCUUUCUGCGAGCGUCACCCCGGCGCCGUCCUCUGAGCAGAGCUCGGCUGCACUCGAGGAGGACUGCGUUUCUCUGCAGCAGCUGUGCAGCCUCCUGGAGGCGUACCUGAAGUGGAAGCAGGUGGAGGACGUCUUCUGGACUUGGAUGGACAGCGUUGUGGACCUGAAAGAUCCCAUCACCGGGAGGCCCAAACAUCUAACCAAUGAGAACCCCAGAGUGUGUUAUCAUGGAAACAGCAGGCUGGAGAAGCUGGAGGCGGUGCUGCUGGGACUGCCUGCAGCUCAGGGAGGACAGAGGAGACAAGGAGGAGAUGGUAAGGACAGAGAAGGAGGAGAGAGGUUUGGCGUCUCCUUGUCCCUCCCUCCUGUUCUCUCCUCCUUCCCAUCCUUGCCCUCCCUCUCACAAGUCUGCCGAGUGAGGCCUCAGCUGGAAGAGCCGAGGAGGCGCCCGGCCAGAGGCCCCGGUGGGCAGGCGGAGCCUCCAAACGAGCUCCCGGCGUCCGAGGCCGUGGCGCUGCUUCUUCAUGCAGAGGCCGUGCUGAUGAAGAGGAGGGACGAGCAGAGGCUGACCAACAGGACGAAGCUGCAGGAGACGAUCGGCAGGCUGGAAGAGCUGGUGCUGAUUCCACCGUGAGCGUCCAGUUUAAACUGGUGGAGCAGAAGCUGUGAGGACAUUAUCGUCUCUGCAGAGACUGAAACAGCUGCUGCACACGAGUCACUCAGAGCAUUUAAUAACUGAUAAACACACACUGUCAUAACUGGAUCUGUUGGUCCGAUACAUGAAAUGUUGUGAAGUCAAACUACAGGCGUCAAAAACAUCAUUUGCAUAUUUAUUCAUUCAUCAAAUUAAACACAAAGUUGUUUUCAGCAGAGCCAAAAGAGUCACUUUAAAUUUAAACAUUUUAGAAAUUAAACAGAUUCCAGCUUCUGAUGUUUUCUGUCGUC